UGCGCGCCGAGGCCGGGCGGGCGGCAGGUGGAGCCGCGGUGCGGAGCCCCGGGCGGGGCGCGGGCGUCCGGGGCUCCAGGUGCUGCGCCCACCGCCUCCGCCGGGGCUGGGGCCGGGCACCUCGCGCCUCGGGGGCAGACCUGGGAGGCUGGACCAGGUCGGCGCCGUGCCUCUGGCGUGAGGCCGGAGGGAAGCGGUGGCAAGGAUCAGCGCCUGUUGUCUUUCACAUGUGUAAUACCUACUCCUUUGAUCCAAAAACACUUACUGAGCGAUUAGAUGAUAGGCACGGGUCCAGCCAGUGGCAAUCCAACAAGGAACAAAAUCAGAUCCUAAUGGAGCUUAUUUUCUGCUGGUUGGAGAACAUCAAUUGACAGGCCAUAAAGUGGCAGUUAAAAUCUUAAAUAGACAGAAGAUUCGCAGUUUAGAUGUUGUUGGAAAAAUAAAACGAGAAAUUCAAAAUCUAAAACUCUUCCGUCAUCCUCAUAUUAUCAAACUAUACCAGGUGAUCAGCACUCCAACAGAUUUUUUUAUGGUAAUGGAAUAUGUGUCUGGAGGUGAAUUAUUUGAUUACAUCUGUAAACAUGGUCGGGUUGAAGAGAUGGAAGCCAGGCGACUGUUUCAGCAGAUUCUGUCUGCUGUGGAUUAUUGUCACAGGCAUAUGGUUGUUCAUCGAGACCUGAAACCAGAGAAUGUGCUAUUGGAUGCACAUAUGAACGCCAAGAUAGCUGAUUUUGGAUUAUCCAAUAUGAUGUCAGAUGGUGAAUUUCUACGAACCAGUUGUGGAUCUCCAAAUUAUGCAGCACCGGAAGUCAUCUCAGGCAGAUUGUAUGCAGGUCCGGAAGUUGAUAUCUGGAGCUGUGGUGUUAUCUUGUAUGCUCUUCUUUGUGGCACCCUCCCAUUUGAUGAUGAGCACGUACCUACAUUGUUUAAGAAGAUCCGAGGGGGUGUGUUUUAUAUUCCAGAAUAUCUCAACCGUUCUGUUGCCACUCUCCUGAUGCAUAUGCUGCAGGUUGACCCCCUAAAACGAGCAACUAUCAAAGACAUAAGAGAACAUGAAUGGUUUAAACAAGAUUUGCCCAAUUACUUAUUUCCUGAAGACCCCUCUUAUGAUGCUAAUGUUAUUGAUGAUGAGGCUGUGAAAGAAGUAUGUGAAAAAUUUGAGUGUACAGAAUCAGAAGUAAUGAACAGUUUAUAUAGUGGUGACCCUCAAGACCAGCUUGCAGUGGCUUAUCAUCUUAUCAUUGACAAUCGGAGAAUAAUGAACCAAGCCAGUGAGUUCUACCUCGCCUCUAGUCCUCCGACUGGUUCUUUUAUGGAUGAUAGUGCCAUGCAUAUUCCCCCAGGCCUGAAACCUCAUCCAGAAAGAAUGCCACCUCUUAUAGCAGACAGCCCCAAAGCACGAUGUCCAUUGGACGCACUGAAUACGACUAAGCCCAAGUCUUUAGCUGUGAAAAAAGCUAAGUGGCAUCUUGGAAUCCGAAGCCAGAGCAAACCAUAUGACAUUAUGGCUGAAGUUUACCGGGCUAUGAAGCAGCUGGAUUUUGAAUGGAAGGUAGUGAAUGCAUACCAUCUUCGUGUAAGAAGAAAAAAUCCAGUGACUGGCAAUUAUGUGAAAAUGAGCUUACAACUUUACCUGGUUGAUAAUAGGAGCUAUCUUUUGGAUUUUAAAAGCAUUGAUGAUGAGGUGGUAGAGCAGAGAUCUGGUUCCUCAACACCUCAGCGUUCCUGUUCUGCUGCUGGCUUACACAGACCAAGAUCCAGCUUUGAUUCUACAACUGCAGAGAGCCACUCACUUUCUGGCUCUCUCACUGGCUCUUUGACUGGAAGCACAUUGUCUUCAGUUUCCCCUCGCCUGGGCAGUCACACCAUGGAUUUUUUUGAAAUGUGUGCCAGUCUGAUCACUACUUUAGCCCGUUGAUGAUCUGUCCCUGGUUUCUAUCUUUCUGUUACUGCCACUGUGAAAAUCAGAUACAUUCUUUAAAUUAUUAUCUUCCAGAUAUCACACUUUGCAAUAUUAAUUGAGAGACAUGAAUAUUUAACAGGGGACUUGCAAUGCCAUAGAAAUGACUGAAAACAAGUCUGACAUUUACUUUUAGAACUUUAUAAUUCUAUUGUGCCUAUGUUAAAUUCACAUAGGCAGUAUUGUUAAUGGGUGAAUGUUGAUGAAGAUUGUUUAUUUGUAGUUGUGAAUUCACUACAUAAGAUGAACACACCUCACUGAUGAAUUGUCUAAUCUAAGAGUGGUUUGCAAUAGCACCUGGCUUCACUAGCAUAGAUAAAUCCAUUUUCUUCCUAAAUCUCACAGACUUUGAGCUGUGUGUCUCCAUUUUCUUGCACAAAAUUAUUUAAAAAAUUAUAGAGCCAUUAGUAAGAUAUUAGCUGGGUGCAGUGGUGCACACCUAUAUUCCCAUCAACUUGGGAUACGAGGCAGGAGGAUCACAGGUUCAAAGCCAGCCCUAAUACAUAGUGAGAACCUAUGUUAAAAAGGACUGGGGUUGUGGCUCAGUGGUUAAGUGCCCUUGGGUUCAAUCCCAGUACCAAAAAAAAUUUAAAUGUUGGAAUCUUUAAAGUUUGCUCUGAACAUUUCAGAAACCGAGUUCUUCAUACAGUUUUUGCAGACACUACUUAGUACUUACCCAGAAGGGCUGUGGUCUCUAAAAGGCACUCAUAAUUUCUAGGUUCCUUAAAAAGUUUUGAAUAUCUCAGGGCUUUAUCUUGAGAUUUCCCUGAAUAAUAAUGUUUAUCUUAAGAAACUUCAAAGUUCAGCUUAGCAUUGGAAUAUCUGGAUUUGAAAUAAUUUGCCUUUUCCAUAAACUUAUAUAAUUUUAAAAUAUGUCUUCAAAACCUUUCUCAAAAAUUUUUUGUCUGUUUAUUUUUGCAUUUUCAUCUAGAAUGUAAAACAGUAGACAGUUAAAUGAAGCAAAACAAAAUAUCAGCAAUCCCUUGAAAGAACUCUGAUCUCUAAUUUCGUGUGUAUGGGGAGAGGGUGGGGUAAGGGAGAGUUAAAAGGUUAGGAUCCUGUUACAUCUCAUGGUACUGAUUCUUCACUUGGAGUUUAAGUUUGUUAUUGAUGACACUCCCUUCCCCCACCUUCUCCAGUAACCAUUGUCUUUGUUUAUUUUUUCAUCUUCAGUGGCUGAUUGGUUCAGUCAGCUAUUGAAUCUUUUUUGGUUCCCUUUCUUGGUUGCUAGCCAUUCAGUUCAAAAACACUGUUCUGGCCCUAAGGGCUUUUGUGUAGUUCCAAAGUUUAGUAGGCUAUGACCUUCACUGCUGAACCUGAUGGGGCAGGGAAGCCUUAAAUAGUCUUUCCUAAAUAAAUAUAUGUGUUGUUUACAUAUAUUACAUAUAUGUAUUCACAUAACAGUUCUUUUCAUUGAAAACCAGAGUUUUUGUUUAGCUUUGCAAAAUUUUUUAAGAUUAAAGGAAAAACUAUAUAUAGCAGGAUAGAUAAUAAGACAUCGAUUAUAUUUUGUUUUAGUAAAAGUAUUUAAUUUUUAAAUUAUGUGUAACUUAUCUGAUUUUGUAUUUAUUCAUUUAUUGUAUUUAUGUUAUAAUUAACCAUCUCAUUUUGCCUGACUCGCCCUAAAAAUAUUAAGCUCUUGAAAACAAAAAUGACAUUGCUUUGACAAGUUCCUCUUUGCCAAAAAUAAUGUGUUUUCUACCAAGAAGCAAAUGAGAAUGCUAGACCAAGUUUCUCAAAUACAUCUGUGUCUUUAAUCUUUUGAGUCAAGAAUUUCAAUGGUGUCACAUCAAAUUGUUUUGUAGAUUUUUUUAAAAAAAUGGUGUUAUAUAACUUGCAAGUCCAAUUUCUUUCUAUAUAUAUAAAUAUAUAUAUUCUAUACAUGUAUAGAAUAUAUAUAUAUAUAUAGAAUCCUUAUUCACCAAUUUGGGAAAGACCAUAGGGUUGCAGUUUGAGAUAGCUUAAGGUUUAACCUUUGAAAUACUGCCAUCUUGUGGCACCAAAGGAUAAUAUUUUCAGUAGUUAUUUUAUGAGGAUAAGUAGUCCUGCUGUUUAAGUGUGAUGUGCAUUAUCAGUAUGGCAUAAGUUGACUUCUCCCAAUGUGCAUAUGCCUCUUUUGUGAAAAGCAAGGCCACUUCAUAAUAUUUGCUUAAUUACACAACAAUUUUAUGAGCAAAUAAGCUGUUGGAAGGAAUCUAGUGGCAUUGUCGCUUCUUUAGUCUAAUAAAUCAGACUUGAGACACUUUUUCAUAUCAAAAUUACCUUUUAUGGAUGAUUAUAAUGUUUUUUAAGAGUUACAAUUUAUUUACUCUUUUCUUAUUCUUGCCAAAUGUAUGAACUUCCACAGUUGGAUAGUUACCUGUUGAAUUUUAGGGACUCUGAGGAUCAUAGUUUUGAUUCUUUUCUGCAUAACUUUUAAAAAUAAAUAUUCUGUGACUCUAGGUGGUAUAAUAAAUUGGUUUGCAGAGAGAUUUCAGGACACUCAUUGUAGCAUAAAAGGGACUAGAAUGUUGUCAUAGGCUUUUUGUUGUUCAUGGACACAGAGAGGGAAAGAAUCUUGUUAAUCUCCAUUUCCUUUUUGUCUUGUAAACUGGUUAACUGUGGAUGUGUAUGUAGGCCUGGGCUAAGAGCAGUUUCCUCUAAUUGACAUCCCGGGGAGAGCUUCUAUUUUUAGAUUAUAGGUAAGUUUAGGUUGUGCCAUAGAAAUGGACUCCAUGUGGUUCUAGAACGUUUCCCAAGGAAUAAGAGAUUCUGUGGGGUAAGUUUGGAGUGAAUACUGCAUGCACCCCUCCCCCUUAGGAUGUCAGUGGGUAUGAGUAUUGAAGCCUUCGACAGGUCCUUUUGGGAAUAAAGGAAAAAAAAUAUAUAGUUUUUUAAACCCAAAUUAACUUACUACUUUAAAAAAAUUUAUUCCAUGAGAAAAGGAAAAUUUGGAAAACACUUCAGGAAAAUUAUUGUCCCAGGGUGCCAUAAUUAGGGUAGCUAAGGAUGAAACUCAUAGCACUUCUUGUCUCAUUAGUUAUCUGGGAGAACCUCAUUCAAAUUGAGAAUCAUUUCAUUUUACCUUGCAGACAUGUUCAUCUUGAGUGAGUCGUGGAUUAAGAGUUUUUACAUCUACAACUUGUUUUGUAGCAUAUUGAUUUUCUUAAUUAGGUUUUUUAAUAAUGGAUGACUGAAAAAUCUUAAAUAAGAUUAUUCAUGUAUAAGACUUAAGGCCACUGACUCAUGUUUAUGACUGUGGGAAAUGAGUCAGUCAAUUUUUUCAAAUGUUUAGUCAGUGAAUAUUUUCUGAAUACUUUAUUUAGGAUGCUGUAUUUAAAGUUAAUUCCUGUUGUCUUCAGUGUAAAAAUACUGUCUCAAAGUGAAUAUGUGUGGAGGGAGGCAAAACAUUGACAUGUUCAGUGUUCGUUUUAAUCUUUUUAAGAGACACUUUUGUAACGUGUAGCGUUUGCAUUCUUUGGUACUAGUCAUCUAUAAAGAGAAUCCAGGAGCCCAAGUUAAAUCAGAAUUAAUAGUUUUUCUUUGUCAGGGAAUUAGCACAGACAAUUCUCCAUUUUCUGCAAAUAGGUUUUCAAGGAUGAUUACAUAAUUUGGGUUUGCUUUCUCUUAUUCCCUAGCCAAUUUGUUCUCAGGGAAUGCACAUUUAGAAUUAAAUGAGUCAUAAUUUAGAAAAUAAUCAUAACCAUUACAAAUUUUUGGACUACUUUGUGGCAUCAGCUAAUGUGUAGUACACUGCGUUAAUGUAGGCACACCACCUGUUUGUAAGAUGUAGAAACCUGGAAGAUUCCUACCACAGACACUUUGUUUUUGUCUGUUCACUGGUUAAUAAUUUAAAUCCCUUAAUACCUAUAAAAUCCCAAUAUUUAAAUGCUAGAUAUGUUCACAGCUUUGUCGUUUUUGUUUUUAAAGAUACCAUUUCAAUCAUUUGACAUUUUUAUCUGGUCCUCCUGUCAUCCAGUGACUUUAAAAUAAAAAAAGGAAUGUUAUUUAAUGGCAGUUCUCAGAGACUGUUAAAAACUCUGCAUGAGGGAUAUGUGCAAUCUGUUGGGAAGUCACGUCCUGCAUUGGGCCUCUUUUUUGUGACCCUAAAAUAGGGAUAGAGGAAAGACCACUAGGGUACUUUUGAGCUUUAAAAUUCUGCCUUUUAUACUUUUCAUAUGGUUUGCAUUAGUGUUCACUUUUUUAUAUAUUUAGAGUUUUAUACUAAUUUGAAAGUUCAAUUUUAGUUUGGUGAGGCAUUUGAUGGUAUAUACUUGAAUAUUUUUCUAAAUACAGCUGCUCUGUCAUAUACAAAUAGCAAAAAUCACCCAGAAAACCAGACAGGUUAAAUAUCAUGUCUACUUGGCAUAAAGCUUAAGAUUACUAAUUUAUGAUGAUGGAAGAGUUUCAUACAUUUUUAUAGUGAAUUUUUAGAUUGAGGGACCCUCCAUAUCUGUUAACUAUUACAGUAACCUUGUGAGGUAACCAGAAAAAUAUGUUACCACUCUCUGGAUGAGGAAGCAGGGCUAGAGAGCGCAUCCCAAGGCUUUAAGGUCAUAUGAGUAUUCAGUAGUGAUCAGACUAUACCACUUUUCCUCUGGGCAGAACAGUCUGAAUUAAUGAGAUAUCUGAGUAGUCAAAAAAUAAAAAUAAACAAAUGCAUUGCUUUCAGUCUUAGAGUGACAUAAUGUAGACUUAGCUAAAUGUGUCUUAAUUAUAUUGAUUGUACCAACCAGGUGUAACCAGGUAUAAUUAUUUGAAGUAUUUAUGAUUAGCAUAUCGAUUUUUAUAGGUACUUCUAAGUUAUUGAGGGUGCUUCAAAAGUACUGAGGAAACUUUAGGACACACUUCAUAUAAUUUUAUUUAUGUGAUUCCUAUAGCACAAUCCCCCCAAAAAAAGAAAAACAGAAGAACAGAAAAACUAACUUUAGUCCCUAUUAACAUUUUUAACUAUUCCCUGAAUUAGGCUUCUCUAAAUUUCAUGUAGAGGAUAGUAAUUUUUCAUGUUGUAUGCAUAGUAAGUGAUACAACCCUAUUUUCAUAGAGUAUAUUUCUGUUCAUGAACUACCUAAUUGUGAUUGACUUGAUAUUUUCCCAAACCUUUUAAAACUUGAGUUUGAUGAGCUUUAAAAUGUAUGUAAACCUAACUAGACAAAUUGCUGGCAUCCUUACUAGCCUUUUCCACAUGUAUAUGUGAUACAUUUGAUGCCCCUGAAUAGUAACAGAACAAAGAUCAGGACCCACAGUCUAGACUGGAGUAAGUUUUAAUUAAACUUCUUCAGCCAUAACUUGAUAAGAAUCAGACCAGUUCUAGAAGUUAUCAGACUGUGGCCCUGGGUUCAUUUUGCAAGCCAGUGUUAAUGUUUAUUGCCAGCCUUGCAUAGCAAUGCCAGUCUGCAGCCUUGACUGUGUAUGGAACUUUUGGUAACUAUAGUUUAUAUCUAAAGCAGUUUAGAUUUUAUGCAAGUUACUCAUGAUUAUUUGGACAAGCAGGGUAGGUAAAUUUCAAUUAUGUUUAAAGUGCAAUUAAGGAAAUCCUAGAAUAGAGCACUCCUUCCAGGAAAAAAAAAACAGUAAAGUAUUUAGAAUAUCCUGGCAUGAAAAUUUUUUGAACUUGUACAUAGAGUUUUGACAAGCUUUGUACAGUGUUUUCUUUUUUAAUUCAAGGUUUGCUACUUUGAGUUAAUUUAAAAUUUCAAGGAGGAACAAAUAUUCUAGGCAAGAAUUGCAUGGUUAAUUUUUUUCUGCUAAUCUAAUUUUCACAGUUAAAAUUCCCUUUUAAGUAUGUUUUGUUACCCCAAAAAGGCCGUUUUUCUAAAUAGAUGACAUUUUCCUAAAAUGGGAAAGAGAAACAUCCUGUUAUAAAAACAAACACUAAAUUGUGCCUUCUCUCAAGUUAUAGGAACAAUAAUACUAAAGUUGUUUGAACUGUAAUUUCUUUUUCUCUGAUCCUUCUCAUUUCCCCUUAGAACUGCCCUCUGCACAUGAUCUCGUUGUUUACCUCUUCCUGUUUUCAAGUUCCUUUGGCCAAACCUCACACUAUUGUUAUCAGAUGUUAUUCACUACCUGUAUUUUGUUUAUUUUUUUCAGUUUCACUUUUUAAAGUCACUUUGGUAAAUAUUUGGCUGCCUUCUCAUGUUUUUAAAAUGAAUGCAAAGUUUAGUAGUCUUGGUAUUUUACAAGUUUGUAAAGGAAAGAAAGAAUACAGAGCUAAAGACAAAAUCUAAUUGGAAUCUGAUUCUCCUUUUGGCUGCUCUAGCAGCACAAGUCACAUGACCUCAUUUACUCUCCUCUUGUACAAAAUGUGGACGAAAACCUACCUCACAGAUGUGUGUGAGAAAUUGUUUGAAGGUCCUUGUUUAAAUGCAAGGUUUAUAUCCCUGUAUUUAAUGUAAAUCCCUUCUUUUUAUAGAUAUCUUUGGUACUGAUGAGUAUCUUGAUUUUUAGGUAAGUUUUAUGUGGUAAGAACAUAGUGCUAAGAAUGUUUCAGACCACAGUUUCACAAAUUACGGUGUUCUUAUUUUGAGACAUUUAAAGUAUUUUGGAAACAUCAGAUACUCAUAUAUCAAACUUGUUUAUUGUUUCAACAAAUAAUAUUUGGAACUUCUUAAAAUUUCAGCUGAAGCUGCCUUAAUGUAUCAAAAUACAGCUUUCUGUCAAGAUCAUUCAUGAACAUCUUUGGUUGUACACUGUUUCAAGUAUUUAAUGUGAAGUUUGUUAUAGAACUGUAAACUCAAAGAAUAGUACCUUGAUACUGUUUUAGGAAGAAUGGUUGUGUUCUUUAUCAUGUAUGCUAAAAUGUUAUACAGUGAAUUUUGAGUACAACAAAUAAAACUGAAAGUUGACAGGUUAUGUCCAUGACAAUCAUAACAUUAUGUACAAUUGGCUAGUUGUUGUUCAGUUGUUUUUUCAAGAACAUCAUGUGUUCAUUCUUUCUCAGCCCAUCUUAGAAAACUAUACCCACAGGCUGAUACCGUAACCCACUGGAGCGCUGGACUACAUCUCUAUUUAAAAAUAUUUUUACACUUUUGAAAUUGGGACCACUGGUUUCAGGGAAAGAACCAACACCAGAAUUCCAGUGCUUCUGUGUUUUAAUAAUGAUGUAUUCAAAUUUCAGUUUUGUUUGUUAAAUAUUUUUUUGUGAGAUUUAAAUGAUCUGUGGGAAGGAUUUGUCUUCCAGUAACCAUGUGAAAGAUGUCUUGAAUUACACUGCAUUUCAUAGCUAUAGGUUCUCUCGGUGGAACCAACUAUAGGCAACAAACAAGAGAAAACCAGCCUGGUUGCUUGUAAGCUUUUUCCACAAAAUCAAAUUAAAGUCACUGGUUAAUUUGAAAA